CCUUCUCCUUCUUCUUCUUUCCUUCUUCUCCUCUAUCUUCUUCUUUUCCUCUCUGCAUCUCAUUCUCUGUCUCAGAUCUGGAAAAACCUCGACGCCUCGCAGCCGUACCUCGCCGUCCUAUCUUCUUCUCCUCUCUGUCAGUGCUCGCCGAACACAUCGGUUUCAGGAGCUUCGGUCCGGCGUGCGGUCUCAGAAAUUGACAAACAGUGGCCUUGGGUUCGACGCUCGGUGGAGGCUCAACACCGAACCAAACCAGAGCGAGCCCAGGCCUAGUUCAAAUGGCAGGUCCUUACUGGGUUUCAAAACACUGCCUCACUAAUUUAUUGUAAUAAAUCUCUCUGUGUGACUGAGAUUGCACUAGACACAUUCAUUUUAGUACUUUUUGGUAAUCAAUUGCAUGCAGAUGCAUUCCUCAAAUUCCAGGAGAGAUUUGGAUGCUAGGGUUUAGGGUGUGUGACUCGUGAGAGUUUACCUGAUGACGUCUUCUGAAAUAAAAUCUGGGGCAUUGGUUUCAUUGCAAGACCUACAUCCAUCUUCCUCUUAUUUCAAGCAAGGGGCUUCAUUGAGAGUAACUGGAAAGUUACAAGAGUAUUCUGUAGAGACAGCCAUUGCCACAAUUAUUGAUGGAAGAGACAGCUUAAAAAUCAACACCCAACACCUCAGGGAGCUUAGCUUUCGAGUCGGAUCCAUCUACCAGUUCAUCGGCGAGCUGCUUAUUCAACCCGAUAAUGAGGCAGUCUUGCAGGCACGUGUGGGUAGGAAUGUUGAUGGCAUUGAUCUCAAUCUCUAUUAUCAGUCUCUCCAAUUGUUGAGGCAAUUUCAGGCUCAUCAUUUGUAGAACCCAGCAACUUAAAUAUUGUAAUUUUAAAGUCAAUUUAAAGACCAAAUUACCCUCUGCAUCCAACCCGUCAAACAAUGCAAAUUGAAAUUGUAAUGGCAAAAAGGUCAAAGCUAAUGGCCCAAUGAUCACUUCGUUAUUGAACCCAAACGAAUAUAUUUAAUCGGGCCCUCAGAUUUUUCAUGGAUUUGACC